CCAGGCACACACGCUCCUGUGCUUGCCGCUCCGCCGGAGCCACGCGGGUUCCUUCCCCUCAACAGGGCUGACCUCCGAGUCGCUGUUCUCACUGGGAGCCCGACCGCCACUCCCCAGAUUCAAGCCCGUGUGUCUGGGUAGCCCGAGUUGAUCCUGGAGGAGCAAGGGCUGCGCAGGUACAAACCCAAAACAUGAACACCGAUAUAUAUUACCAAUGUUCAAAGCUGAUUUGGCUAGAACUGGAAUACAGUUGCCUACAACACGUUCUAGAAGAAUUAGAAAACUCAAAGUAAUGGAUAACAGAAAAGAGCCUCCAUUCUUCAAUGAAGAUAACCUGGGUUCAUUUUACUACAAAAUUCCUUUCUAUGAUACCAUGGAGCUCCUCAUUGAAACAUUGACUGGAACAUGUUUUGAGCUGAGAGUUUCACCCUUUGAAGCUGUUAUUUCUGUGAAAGCAAAAAUUCAGAGAUUGGAAGGUAUUCCCAUCUGUCAGCAGCACUUAAUUUGGAAUAACAUGGAACUUGAAGAUGAUAAUUGCUUGAAUGAUUACAACAUUUCAGAAGGUUGCACCUUGAAGCUAGUACUGGCUAUGCGUGGCGGACCUAUAAAUACUAGAAAAGUUCCUAUGGAAGACCCGCUUAGAGAGAUGGCUGAGUUCAUGGAUCACAGUCGAGAUGAGGGUUGGGAGAAGACCUGCAACAAACAAGUGACCUUUCUGGUGUACCGAGAAGGAGAUCAGUUGAAUUUCUUUCGUGUAGUAGAUAGGGGAGAUGGCACUUUAACACCAUUAUCUGAAUCUUUAAGUGGUGGUUCUGUGUAUAAUUUGUAUACCGAUGAGGAUGAAGAAAUUGAGCCUUCUCCUUCUGGGCAACAGAUAAUUGAAAAUUCCAUAACUAUGAAUAAGAUGAAGCUGCUGAAGGCUAAGAUGGAAAACAUGAAUCUCAGCAAAAAGCCUAAGAAAGCUAUCAAGAUAAAACCUCGCCCACCUAUAGCUCCUCGACCUUCUAGUAGUUCUACAGCAGCAGCUCGCCACAGGUUGUUAAGGGUCCUCCCUCACAUUGGGCAAUCUUGUUCGCCAUCUCCUGGGAAUCCCUAUCUACCUGAAACAUCCAAGAACGCAAUUUCAAGUUUGGCAACUCAGCAUCCUGCUGAUAGACCCAUAUCGUCUAUCACUAGUGAAUUUCUUAAGGAAGAUGAUAACUGGGAGAGUAACAUAUUGUCUCAUUCCAACAGUAGCAUCAAACUAACACCUCAGAUACCUCAAGUGGAGUUUGAAAAUGACAAAGAGCUCACUGAUUCUAUUCUCCAUCUUGGCUCUUCCAUGCCUCGACGCACAAAACACUUCUCAGGAAAUCUGCCAUCUAAUAAUGAGGAUGACACUGUCUUAUUUCCAACUUCAGAAGAAUGUGUAACUGAAGAAUCCCUUCUACCAGAAGUGAGUUCGUUCGCUUCACUCAUGGAAGGAAAUGCCGACGAACAGAACAGUGGCUUAGAAGGUAUACGGAAGGUAAAUCCAGACUUCUUACUUCCUCAUGGUGAUAAAGGCUUGAAAGCAACAGAGCAGCACCUUAAACAUGUUGCAAGAAUGUUAAGUGGUGAGUCAGGAGAGGCUUCAGUUCUUAGCCACCGCGAUUUAAGUCCUCACAAGAAUACACUUCUGUCACCUCUUCGCUGUUCUGCACCAGGGUCACUACAUAAUUCUCUAGUGAAACCACAGAGACAGUCCAAAUGUUUUGAGUCUGGGAACCUUCAGUCUUCUUCACAAAAUGUGCUUCGGCCAUUGGAUGUUCGAAACAUAACUGAUUCUUCUUUCUCUAGGACUACUCGCUUUCGAGGUGUAAAAGUUGAUUCACCUGGGAAAAGAUCUGAUGUUAUUUCUAAAGUUGAGGCUCGGGAUAUCACAGAAAUGGCUAAUAAGGCUUCUAAAGAGCCUGUUGGUUGUGUAAAUAAUAUUGGUUUUCUUGCUUCACUGGCCCGGAGCACAAGCAGAGACAGUUUACAGAGCACACGUGGGGCAAGCUGGCUUUGGUCCUCUGGAAUAGGGCUCUCUAUGAACCUCCACCAUUUUCAGGAAGAAAGCCUUAGGAAGAGUUCUCCCCAAUUAGAACCUACAGAAUUUUUUUCAUCUGGCCGUGGCACUGGAGCGAAUGGAAAUAAUGCAGCAGCAGGGAAAAGAAUAGGAGAAUGUACUCCUCACCUCCCACCUGUGAAAGUCCCUAUUCAAACAAAGAAGAAAACAACAAAGCAUUGUUUUCUUUGUGGAAAGAAAACAGGACUCGCUACUAGCUACGAAUGCAGAUGUGGAAACAACUUCUGUGCUUCUCAUCGCUAUGCAGAAACUCACAGCUGCACCUAUGAUUACAAGAGUGCAGGGAGGAGAUACUUGCAGGAAGCAAACCCUGUGGUUAAUGCACCAAAACUUCCAAAAAUCUAAGUCUUCCUCUGCACCUUGCUGUUCUGCCCGAGGAAUCGUAUUAUAAUGACAGAAGAAAUAUUGUUUAGACUGCAUUAUUUUUGUUCGACUCCAAAAGAUUUGCCAAAUAACAAAAACAUACAGUGUAUACUAUCGGAGAAUGAGCAUGCUACUGUCUUUGACAUCUUUACUCUUUGUUGAAUCAAAAUUUCAAAAGUAGUUUCAGAAAUUUUAUACUAUAAUAAUUUAGGUUUGUUAUCACAUAUCCCAUUU